AUGGCGCACCGCUUCGUCUUCACCGCCUUCCUCACUGGAUCCCGGAUCCUCGGCCGGUCUUUCAUGGCGGCCUACAAGCAAGCGCAGGCGGCGUCGCAGUACCAGCGUGCCCAGGGCAAGAUGAACGGCGGGUCGGGCGCCUCGGCGCGCGCAUCCUUGUCCUCGGGCAUGACACUCGACGAGGCCUGCCGCAUUCUCAACGUGAAGCCCCCGGCCAACGGGCAGGCUAGCGUCGAGGAGGUCCUCGACCGGUACAAGCGCCUGUUCGACGCAAACGAUCCCCAGAAGGGGGGCAGCUUCUACCUCCAGAGCAAGAUUGUCCGAGCCAAGGAGCGUUUUGAGCGGGAGCUUGGGCCCAUGAGAGAAAAGGCGGAGCAAGAGGCCGAGGCCAAGGAGGGGUGGAAGCCCAAGAUCUACAAGGACCGGUAG